AUGGGCCGUGAGGCGGUAGACGGCGAGCGCCGACCGCCACCGCAGCCGGUGGUGGCUGGUCCGGGAGUUUCCACCGACCCCUCGACAUCAAGGGGGCCCUGGCGUAUGCUGUUCGAGCCAUCCUGGACUCGAGGCGUCAGGCGAGGGGCCUUCAGUACCUCGUGGAGUGGGAGGGGUACGGUCCAGAGAAGAGAUGCUGGGUGCCAUUGGAGGACGUCUUGGACCCUUCGUUGCUGCGGGAUAUCCACCGUCUCUAUCCGGAUCACCCUGCGCCUCGUCCUCCGGGUCGUCUCCGAGGUCGGUGUCGGCGAGCUGCUGGAGCCACACAUCAAGGGGGGAGUACUGUCACGACUUCCGCCGAAGGGGAAGGGGUGUGUGUUUGGGCCAGAUGGGGUACAGGUGCCCAUCUGCUCCCUCAAACCCCCCUUCUUUAGAGAGCAAUGCCCAGCUCUGGCAGUAAAACCCAAACGGUUCUUCAUCCAGGCCUGCCAAGGGACCAGCUACCAGGAUGAUAGGCGUAUGCCUAAUUUACAGUUCUACCUUGGACAGAGGGCCUCCUCCCCUGAUGGUAUCUACAUUGAGGACUUUCACAAUAACUGGUAUGGGAAAUAUUCAAAACUGGAAAGAGUUCACUCAUACAUACAAUGGUUGUUCCCUCUUCAAGAACGAGGAAUGAAUAAUCAAGCCAAAGAAAUCACCAAGAAGGAAAUUGAGGCUUUUCUUGAAGAUGAAACUGCAAAGAAGAGGCUGGUCAAGUCGUACAAGCUCAUGCUGGACUUCUACGGCAUCCAGCUGUCAAAUGACUCAACAGGGGAAGUACGACGUGCUAAUAACUGGCGUGACAGAUUUGACAACAUGGACAGACAUACACACAACAACCUGCGCAUCACCCGCAUCCUGAAGUGCCUGGGCAUUCUGGGGUUCCCCCACUACCAGGCCCCACUUGUCCACUUCUUCCUGGAGGAAACUAUUGUGAAAGGCAACCUGUACAAUGUGAAGGAGAGCGUGCUCAACUACUUCAUUUCCGCUGUCAUUGUUCAGCAACAACGCAAGGAAUUAGUUGAGUAUGGUUAUAAGCUCUAUGAGGUCAAACAUCAGUUUGUGUGCCCUAAGAAGAUCAAGAGUACAUUUAGGGAAGGGACAUUCCCACAUAAUAAGAACCCAAUUGAUCUGAAACCAGAUCCGAAACAGAAUGGCAUAUACUCAGAUGACAGUGAUGACAACACUACCAGUCAUUAG